AUGGAGCCAACCUGUGCUCGCUACCCUACCUUGCAUUCGAUGGUAUCAAUUCAAUUGAGAGCUCUGCCAUCGGCGUGCCCCAAUUGUUCUCGAUGUGAGCAUAUGCCCCAGGCUUUGGCCCAGUCUAGAACUAGCCAGCCCAUUUUUCAAUACACCUUCUGUACUAGCCUCUUUCCAGCCCGACUGCUCAAUAGCCUACCACCUAAUGUGUACCUACCUAAGCUAGCCUAG